GGGGUUUUAGGAUUCACAACCGUCGAAUAAUUCAACAAUGGUCCCGUUCUAUCUUACCAGAGGGACGAUUGUAACUGCCGUGACUGCGGAAAUCGCGCAUCGUCGCACAAAGAUUUGUCCAAGCCAUCGCCGUUUGUCAACAGUGAUGACUGCCGCCAUUGUACAAUACAGCAACUAUUGUAGAGAGGCAACGGGCAGGCGCAGCUGCAAGUGGCGGUCACACAUGUAGCUACCUUAGGUUGGGGUAAUAGCUUCACUCAUGAAGGGUAGCUCAGGGUAGGGAAGAUACACUGUUGGUUGAGCGUACCUAGGUUCCUAGCGAAUGGAUGUUCUACCUCUGUCUUCGAAUUGAAAGGCAG